CAUAGGUCGUAGGUACUCUUUAUUGGUUCAAUUUUAUUUGAAAUCUUUAUUCUUUUAUAAUAACUUUACUAACAUCAUGACAAUUUUUUUAUUAUUGAGUUUAUUAUUAGUUUUUAUAAUUUUGAUUUUGAUAUUCACAACGUGUUUCUGUGCUCAAAGACCCAAGGAACAUUACCGCUUAUGCGCAAAAUUACCAUCCAUGCCACGAGGAUAUUUGACUGAUUUAAAAUUUUCUUAUAAACUAUCUACACUAAAAUCUAAAGAUGUUUUGCCGUUUUUUAGUAAUAUCUUAAAGCAGUAUGGACCAUUGUUACAUAUAAACGUAUUGGGCCAUUCAUACGUAUUGUUAAACGAUCCAGACGAUAUAAAAGCUUUAUUAUCCAGUCCACAUCACAUAAACAAAGGCCCAGAAUAUGGAAUGCUUAAGCCUUGGUUAAAUAAAGGUCUUCUAACAAGUGGAAGUUUAAAAUGGCAAACAAGAAGAAAACUGCUGACCUAUACAUUUCAUUUUAAAAUAUUGGAAACGUACAUCCCUACGUUUAAUAAACAUGCUCAGUGCUUAACAAAAAAACUUGAAAAUUUGGCUAGUAACAAUCAACAUGUAUCUAUUUAUAAUCACAUAACACUUUGUGCAUUAGACGUUGUUUGUGAUACAAUAAUGGGAACUGAAUUACGAUCUCAGGAGGGUAAAUCUAUAGAAUAUGUUAAAGCAAUAAAUACAGUAACUGAUGUCAUGAUUAAACGAAUAUUCAAAUUUUGGCUUUGGAAUGAAAGAAUUUUUAAUUUGAGUCAAAAUGGAAGAAAUUUUAAUAAAUCUCUUAAGGUUUUACAUACGUUUACUGAAAAUGUGAUUAAAGAAAAACGAGCUAAACUUGAAUCCGUUAAUUGUUUAGAAACCGAAGAAUUAAGUUUUGGCAAAAAACGAGUAGAAUCAUUUCUUGAUCUUCUAAUUGGAAUAUCAAAACAAAAUCCAGAAAAAAUGACAGAUUUGGAUAUUAGAGAAGAAGUUGAUACAUUUUUAUUUGAGGGACACGAUACAUCAUCAACUGCCAUAACAAUGGCUUUCAUACAAUUGGGAUUGGAUCAAGACAUCCAAGACAAUGUAAGGGAAGAAUUAAACUUAAUAUUUGGAAAUAGUGAUAGAGAAGCAACUAUGGCAGAUCUUAAAUCUAUGACAUAUUUAGAACGGGUAAUAAAGGAAACUAUAAGACUAUAUCCAAGUGUUCCUGGUGUUACUCGAAAGCUUAGACAAAAUCUUCAGAUAAGAGAGUAUCAAAUUCCACCACAGUCAGUAGUUGUAGUAAUACCAUAUUUACUUCAUCGUGAGGAAAAAUAUUUUCCAAAUCCUUUGACAUUUGAUCCAGAUAGAUUUUUACCUGAAAACAGUACCAAUAGGCAUCCUUAUGCCUUCAUACCAUUUAGUGCUGGUCCCAGAAAUUGUAUUGGACAAAAAUAUGCUAUGUGUCAAAUGAAAACUAUAAUAUCGACUGUUAUUAGAAAGAUGAAAAUUGAAACGUUAGGAAGUCAAGAAGACAUUAAAAUAGGUGCACAAUUGAUUUUACGACCUGAAUCAUUACCUGAUAUAAAACUAACUAAAAUUAAUUAAUGUAUUUUGAUUAAUUUAAAAAAUGAAAAUUGUUAAUUUUUAUACAUUUAUUAUUUUAUUAUUUUUAUUUGUUAUAAAACAAAAUAUUAUUAGAAAACAUUAAUGCAGGUUUGAGUAAGA